UCCGAUUUAUUAAAAUAAAGGGUCGUAAACGUUAACAUUGUGAGGCGGACGCGGAUAUUUAUUUUUUAAUUUCCCAGGCUGUAGAGGGCAGUCCAACGAACACAAGGGCUCAAACCGACCGGAAAUGACGUCAAUCUACUUCCGUGUUUAUAUCUAGUUUAGUCGAGCUGACUGGCUAGCUGCCGUCCAUAAACGUAGCUUAAUUUUAAAUCAGUUACAUUCCAAAUUGCCUCGGUUUUGUACAGCGCAUCGUGUAUGAAUUGGAUGUUUUUCAUAGACGGGAGUUUUGUUCAGGAUGCGUGAAGGAGAACGUGAGCGCUCUCUCGGCUAAAUAAGUGUUUCCUUCCAGGUGUAACAGCGGGCGCGUUGAGAUGUGAAGCCGCAGUGCGACGUUCCUGUUCUUGGCUUUUACCUCCACGCCGUUGUUCCGAUGGGGAAAAGGAAAGACAUGAUUCACCCCAGGUUUCUAGGCGAAGGCUCCUCCAGCCUGCACAGCCUGCACAGCGUGCACAAGCGGAAACACAAGAAGCACAAGAAGCACAAGCGGAAGCAUCACAGCUUCGCAGAGGCCCCGGAGCCCGUCCCGCUUCCUCGUCCUCCCCCGCAGCUCCGCCUCAAGAUCAAGCUGGGAGGACAGACGCUGGGGACCAAGAGUGUUCCCACCUUCACCGUGCACCCCGGCGUGGCCUGUCCUCCCUCGCCCUUGAUGAUUAUCAAUAAAAAUGACGACGACAACGAUGAUGAUGAUGAUGAAGACGAGGAUGGAGAUGAUGAUGAUGAUGACGACGACGAGCCGUCUGUGCCUUUGGAGCAGUACCGGGCCUGGCUAGAUGAAGACAGUAACCUGGCCACAUGCCCUGUGCCAGACAUAGACUCGGACUCCAUGCUCGGCGUGCCGGUGGACGAGGAGGAGAGGUGGCUGGACGCUCUGGAGAAGGGAGAGCUCGACGACAACGGGGAGCUGAAGAAGGAGGUGGACGAGUCUCUGCUCACGGCCAGACAGAAAGCCCUGUUGCACAAGCAGCAGAGCCAGCCUCUCCUGGAGCUCCCCAUGGGCUACAAGGAGAAGGAGAUGACUGUGGAGAUGAUGCAGAAGCGGGAGGAGCGCGCCCGGAAGAGACGCCUGCAGGCGGCCAAGAAGGCGGAGGACAGCAAGAACCAGACCAUCGAGAGGCUGACGAAAACCAGCAAGGCCAAGAUCAAGAGCAUGAGGGAAAGGAAGUCCAAGCAGAACCAGUGCCCCAUGAUCCGGUACAGCGACUGCGCCCUGGGCAUGGCCGUCUCCUUCCCCGCCGGGGUCGCCGCGCCGACGCCGGCGCCCCGCCGUCCUCCGCCGGCGGCCCCGGCGAGCUGCGGGGUCGGCGGCUGCGCCAACCCCAAGAAGUACUCGUGCUCCAAGACCGGGGUUCCUCUCUGCAGCCUCCGGUGCUACGAGGCCAACCUGCUGCUCGCUCAGAGCGCCGCGUAGACCGAGGCGCUCGUGUUGCCCUGAGCAACUGGACUGAAUAUGUGGAUUUUUCAUGUGCUGUGUCAUCAAUAAUGUUUUUUU